CAGUGAGGUUCAAUGUGAGGUUCAAGUACGUGUUAGCGUGCGAGCGUUGAAGUCCAUUUGGUAAGUAUUUUUACAAGGUGUUUUUUGCUCACCCUCUAAACCUACCUUGAUGAUGGUAGCAACGAUCGGGAACUUCCUUUGUCUGUAUAAGUCGAUUUUUUGCUAGUAACUUUACGAUUCCAAAGCUCAGAUCUGUGUGUGUCGAUCGUUUUAUGCUGUGUGCGGCCGUAAACAAUCUCCAAAGACCCAAAGAAUCUCGGAGUUUUUGGAUUUUUCUCUUGUCUUAGGGCAUGUGCAAAUCCGAAAUCCUUAAGUCAAAACUUGUCUUUUACUUUCCCAUUUCUUGUGGAGUUUUCCUUUGCAAUACGAUCGAUCGAUGUGUAUGUGCACAUUUUGAUGAUUUCAAUUCAUUGGUGAUCAAGCUUCAUCUGUACAUGUAAAUUAAGGCGCGUGGCUAGUUCAAAAUAUACUCAACUGGUUCCAUUGGCCGCGGACAUCGAAGCGGGAAAUUGAAUUCCUUUUGUUGUAUCCGGGUUAGUGUUAAGGAACUAAAUUAAUAUUAAUAUUCGUGAAUAAAGAGGACCAACGUUAACGAAUCCAUGCCAUUUUUGUGGAAGCAUAGCUUUCGUGAGUUAUGGACGAAGUUUAGUGAUCGUAAGAAUGCAUCCACACAUUUUUUUUUUGACUUGUGUUUCUUAGGACUGUGUAAUGCGUACUUGAAACGAGAUUGUAUUAGCUUAUAAUUCAGUUUCUCACCUGUGUGAAACAGAUCUCAAUCCUCUGCAUAUAUACGGGCAUGUAUUAGUGAAGAAGCUUUCAAAAAAACUGGAAUAAAACAAGUAUGCUGUGUUUUCUUUUCUUGCUUAAGAUUGCAUUUUAUUAAUGUUACCUAAGAAAAUGAUGAACAUACAACGGAUGAUAAUUCAUUAGGUUUCUAGGUAUGUAAUAAUUGUCAUCAAGAUAAGAUUUGUUGAACCCAUCAAUUCUCUUAACCUUUUGACCCAUCCAAAUAGCAAUAACCCUUAUUAAGUACAUAAUACAUGUAAGUCCCUCUGCAAAUUGUAGUAUAUUUGCAACAUUUUGUUUUUCCCCAGGUAAACUUAUGAUGAAAGGAAAUGAUUAUAGGAUGAGCUGAAAAUGGAUAAAGAUUUAAACACUCGCAAAAGGAAGAAGAGUAUUGAUGAUGCUUCUAGAAAUGUAAAGAAGUCCAUGAAAAAUGGAUCAGGUAUGUGACUUGAUGUGUAGAAAACUGAACAGUAUAUGUCUACAGUAGUUGAACCCAGUUUGUACACACACCAAGAGGAUAUGCUAUGGUGUUCGUAUUUAGGGGGCUUUCAGAAUAAACAUCACAGACAAAUCUAUUGAAGGAUAUAAAGACUAAAAAAUACUAAUACAAGGUUAGGGACAAUGACUGUAGAAAUGAUCUAAGGAUGUGAAACUUGUGUAGUAGGAGGCAUAGAAAACUUUAUUAAAGGUCUACAUUAAAAGGAUCAAACAAGGGAAGAGGGACUGGCUUCUUAUGUUAUGCUAUUUUGCUACUGUUUCUUUUAAGGAAGAAAAUCUUAUUAGCCCAUAAAAAUCUAUCAUUAUUUGAACAGGGUACAAUGUUUACAAUAACAGGGUUUAUGAUAGGUCAUGAAAGAAAGGGAAAUUUUACGGGAUUUUCAGGGAGAAAUUCGCAGAAAAAUCAGCUGAUUUUGCAGAACAGUUGCAGGAAUUUUUAAAGCAAACUUCGCUAAAAAACAGUUGGUAUAAAAACACCGAUUUUGUAGGAAUAUUCAGGACAAAUUUCGCUGGAAAUGGAUUAGUUUUGCAUUUCAGCAUUUUUAAUGUUUUCUUAACAGAAAUCAUCAUUUCCUCUGUCAACAACAACACACUCCAGAAAUGAGCCAAUGGCAAAGCUUUAAAACAUCAUGGCUGGUGCCCCAUUCUUUUGCAACAUAAUCCAUGCCUAGUAGUUUUAAAACAUUGCUUGCUUGUGAAGUGGCAAAUUUUCAAGAUAAAUUUGCAAAUUUACACUAAGUAAAUAAACAACCCCAGCAGCCAAGAUAUUAGUGUCAAAUGUGUUGUACAGUCAUGUAUUUGCUAAGAUUUAUUGAGGAUAUUGCGGUAUUUUUGCGUGUUUUCAUGAAUUUCCAGGGAUUUUGCAGAUUUAUGUGAAUUUCACAGCUCUGCAACUGUGCAAAAUAUCAAUGCACCAAAAUUAGGUGUUACUAAAGCUGUAAAUAUUACAAAAAUUUUUACAUCCAUGACGAGUACCCUGAUUAAGAGCGGCAAAUGUACUCUUUUUAUGUACAUGCCGGUCAAAGCCAGUCCAGCAUGGAGAAAAUCAAAAUCCGUGUGUCUCUAUUCACUGGCAGUAAUGUCAGCCUCAAUCAAAGGUUCCACGUUGGCUACUAAAGGCAAAUCAAGAUUUAAUCUCUCUCCUUUUCUCCCUUGGAGAAAAUUAAAGAACCUAAAAGCCUUAUUAUGCCGCAGUAAGGACCUCUCAGCUUGAAACAAGGGGCUAAAAUCACAUUUGCUUAUUAAAAACAUAGAACCUUCCGGAGCAUAAUCUACCAGCCACAGAAAAAACGUAUUGGACAACAUUUUAGCUUGAAGUAAAAACCAUGUAGGCCUACCAACCCCUGUUUGGAACUGCAAGCAAAUCUUGUCCUGAUGCCAGUGUAGAAAUCAUUUUGACUUGCUCAGUAAGUAAUAGAGGCGCCAUUCCCAGCUGCUCCAAUUCCAAAAGACUUUUUUCGAGAGCAGAGUUAAAAUUUGAAUACCUACCCUAUGGGUUGAUAUUUCUACUCUCUCUAAUCUUCCUCUGUCAUAAAAUCAAAGAUGGCGGCUACAACAGUAAAGUACAAGCAGUUUUCACCUGCCCAAAAUACACCUGCGCUGCAGUCAAGGGCCUCCAUGGUCAUAUACCAUGCAUGUUAGCUGGUACAACACUGGCGUGCCAAGAUUGUGGACUGAUUUUGGAAAAAACCGUGCUGUACAGUUAAUAAAGUACCACUGACCAAGAAUAGUCUUAUGUCCGCCCGCAAUUCGAGGCAAUGAUGUUUAUAUACACAUUUCAUGUAUAUUUCUUCUAUUUUAUCUUCAUGUGCACUCAUGUAAAAAUUAUGCAGCAGUAGAAAUCCACCCUGAGGCAUGGGGCAAGGGAUUCCCCUGGGCUACCACAAGCAUGACCUCCAACUAAUUCAUAAGAAAUGAAGGAAGAAUAGAACCAAAAGAGCUUCCUAGCCCUUCAAUUCCCCUGCCUACUAAUGACAUACCCCAUACAUUCCUCAAAUAAUAACCAUGUAGAUUCCUCAAUUAAACACCUCUCUUGAAUAAUCACCCCCCUUUGAUGGAAAUAUUUGAAUUAAUUGCCUCCCUUGAAUAAUCACCCCGCCCCUCUCGCCAUCUUCUCUUUCUUUUAUCCCCUCCCUGUCAAGUUGAAGUGGAAUCUUGCACCAAAACUCUCAAACAAUCUCUGAAAAUUAUUGAAGGAACCAAAUUUGGAAUGCUUUAAAAUCCCAUAUGUUAAGUUUAUUUGAUGUAAUAAUUUUUUUAAAUUUAUGGGAUAAUAAAACAAAAUAUUUAGGGCAAGACUUCCAGUGAGCAACAUUUGAAAUAAUCCCCCCUUCGAAUAAUCACUCCCAGCUAAUAUUUGAGGAAAUAAAGCGAACCUAACAACAACAGAAGUACAAAUCUUAGUGACCGUCCUGAUUUGUAAUUUGUUUUUUGCAUCAUCAUAUUAAAUUAGUUGUUACUCUGUCUGUCAGAGUGCUCUGACUGUCAGAGUGCUUAAAUUAUGUGUGCUACAAAAUAAUGCACAGUUCCUAAAAGAAUCCAAAAUCAUAUAAAAUAACUAUUGUCUUUCUGUUAAUUGAUUAUGCUAGGUUCUGAUGAGGAAGAUGAAGACCUCUUUUCUUGGGAGGAAUAUCUAAAAAAAUGCCAUGCAAAGGCUGUUCCAAAGGAAAGUUUUAAACAUGUAAGUACAUGGUAUUAUGUACUUAAACGCGUCCACAGAGAUGAGGGUGGGGAGGUGCCUGAGAGGCCAGUGGAGCCACGAACUGCUGCUGAGUGCAAUGUGUAACCUUGACAACCCUGAGAGUGGAAUCCACCCAGGUGCCGCCACACUGCUAACCAGUGGAACCUAACAUACUCACCUAUACUGUCUUGCUAUAGGGGAGGGAAGGGUAGGGAGGAGAAAAAUAAAAACACUUGCAAAAAUACUAGCAACUAUCCGCAACCACAUGUAAUGACCAAGAGAAUGAUUUCAAGAAGACCCACCAGCCCCUGCAAUGUGAUUAGGGCAUCCCUGCAUAAUUAUCAUUGAAGAGGUAGAAUGAGAAUCAGGCUGUUCUAAUUUUUACUGAAACUAUACUAAUGUGAGCAUCAUUGACCCGUAUUGGUCUAGGAUUUAUAACAUUUUUUACAGUUAUUCAAGCAGUCUAAGUUAUUAAACAAAAUUAUAUCACCAUUAACAACUGUAUCGCUAAAAUGGAGGUUGGGUGCCUGGAGUAUCUAGGGGCUUCCACUAUUGGCAUCCAGCCCCUAGAUUGAAAUAAUCCCCCCAUGACUGGCACAAAAGCGCAACCCAGCCAUGAGCCCCCCACACAAAAGGAAAGGAACAGGCACCCAUCACACUGAAAAACAUCAGUGGAGAAAGACGACAAAGCCUUGGGAGAGAAGGGGGGGGGGAGAAAAUGGCUGAAAGAACCUUUAUGGACUGUAAAAAUCCAGCACUAAGGAAACUGAAUGCGCCAAUGAAUCACAUGAUCGAUGUAGUAAGCUACUGGGUAUGAGCAUGCCAAAGACCGCUGAGCCCAGGUACUUAAGGCUCUCUUAGUUGUUAACUCCUUUAAAUUGCAUUUAAAUGUAUUUAAGUGUAUUACCCCAAAAGAAUGUUGAAUAAAUCCUUGCUGUUGGCAAUAUUAUUUCAAUAUUAUUAUUUUAAGGUACAAGACACCAAAGUUCAAGGCUUUGUUCCUGGCAUGAAGCUUGAAUGUAUGGAUCGUACAUCCCUGGAGACGGAUACCUACUGGAUUGCCACUGUUGUCAUGGCAUCAGGGCCUUUGCUUUUGUUGCGAUAUGAUGGAUAUGAUGAUGAUCGGAGUGGAGACUUCUGGUGUGAUGCAGCGUCUGAUGAGCUUCAACCAAUUGGUUGGUGCACACGAACCAAUAACAUUCUUAUUCCGCCUGCAGGUAGGUGAAAGGUUUUAAAAUGAUAAUUUUAAAGUUGUAAGUGCCUGGAGAGCAAAAGGCACUAUUGCCUUGGAGGUAACCAUGGCAACUAUGCAAGCAUCAACCACCCAGCACCAUCACAGUCAGGGGCAGAAAAUUCAUAAAGGGGUGGCCGGGACACUUGCCCACUUGCCAGCUAUAUAGAUACUUUAUAUUUUUCUAAGAAUUGUAUAAAAAUAGUGCAAAAUUUCAAAGAGGAAGGGGUGGCCUCGGCACUGUCGGCCCACCCCUUAAUCCACCCAUGACACUGAAAAAGUUCAGCAGAAUACUUGCUGUACCCCAUACUUACCUAUUCAAGGAUGGAGGGAGUGGGAGCGGAAACAAGCAGAUGUCAUGAGCCAUGAAUUCUCAAUGAUCCAUAAUGAUCAGCAAAGCAAAGCAAGCAAAGCUGAGUUGUGCAAUCAUAUCAAAGCCCUUGCAGAUCUAGUGGCCACCUUGCACAAGCCUGCCUGCCUGGGGUUUGACCUUUGACCUGCGAGUGAUGUCUCAAGAUUAACUUUGCCUAUAUUUAGCCGCAUUAAAAUUUAAGUGUUUGUGGUACACUGUAUCUGAUUUUUUCACCGGCCAUUUUUUUCUUUCUUCUUUACACUCAUUACUGAAGUGUACAUGUAUAUUCAGCUUAGUGCAGUGACAAAUUUAAAUACAAUCAAAGCCUUGCAGGAGACUGAAUAAUGUGAUUGUAAUUUUUUUUUCGUGUGUAUUAGUCGGGCCAGACCUUGGGGUAAUGAGCUUCUCAUUUGUUUUUCCAGCCAUCCGACACAAAGAGUCAAACUGGGCCAAGUUUUUGAUGCAUGAUCUUAAAAAUGCUGUGUGUGCUCCAGAGCAUUUGUUUCACAGGGUAGGUUGAGUGUUGUAAAAAGAUGUCAAUUGCUCUUACUUGUAUAGGGGUUACAGUCUGUGUGUCUCGCUAUUUGCUGUCUUUUUAAAGACCAAAAACGUGUCUUUGCAUCAGUUGAAUUCCAAAUUAAAAUAAUGGUCCAGUUGUGUUGUUUAAGACUAUUAUACAAUUACAGCAAUGAAACUAUUUCCUGUUUUCCAGGCUUUCAGCCAGACAUUGGAAACUGGCUGUCCAGAAGGCAUGUUUUCCCAUAAAAGUAUAAGAGAUUAAGUGAAGUUUCCUUGUAUUUCUUCCAAUAAUGGGUGUCCAUAGGACGGCUGGACACCUUUCUGGCUAAAACCUUGCUGUCUUCUAUUACCAUGGAUGGAAAGAAGACAUGGAUUGAAACUUGAAAAAAUUGGGCCAGCUGUUUAAGGUUUUAAUGCUAUGCUUGAAGAAUCACUAAAUAUUAUUAACAAUUAUUCCUCGAGUGCGAAUGGGCUCUGAGUCAAUAGCCCAUUCGGCCUUCGGCCUCAUGAGCUAUUGACUCAGAGGCCAUGAGGGCGAGAGGAUUAAUUGUUUUAGUAAAACCCAACUAGUUGAUCGAGAAUGAAAAACUUUUAGCUAGUUAAAGCUAGACUUUAAUUAUUUUUUGCUGCCAAAAAGCCCGCGCUUUUCGCUUCUAGUGGGCUAUAACAUGUAGCCUAGUAGUAGCUCAACCAAUCAGAACGUAGCAUUGAUAAUAGACCACUAGUUGGAUUUUACUAAGUGCUGCCUGAUGAAAUUGGUUGAUAUCUUCUUCGUCAUUCUAGAGGAUUUUGUAUGUGGGUUAAGGCAGUAUAAUAAUGACUUUAGCAAAGAAAUGACCUAAGACAGCAACAUCCUUGUGCCAUAGCCUCUUUCACCUGAAAACAGGCUCCUAAAUGGAUUGGGUCAAAAAAGAAAUUGUGAUCUAACAUGGCUUGGGGAAGAGAGAAGGCAGAGGCAUGGGAGGCGGUAGACUUUGUUUUUAUGUUGCCAUCCAUGAUACAAUAAUGUACCAGAUUCUCGUGAUCUGAUUCAUCAGAUUGCUGACUUUUGCCUUAUUCUGCCAAAAAUACCCAUGUGUAUGCGAAUGUUAUUAAAGCCGAUGCAUUUAAGCAUAACAAACACAGUCAUACUUUGACAGGUCUAAUAGCCUUAUUGACAUGUUAUUGCCAUAUGUUACAUGAUCACUGCAAAUGGGUGGAUGGGUGGCCUCACAACAAAUUCUAUAGGCUCCCCCACCUUUAUUCUCCCUCGCUUUGCUUGCUGAUUUCUUCUCGCCCUGCUCCAGUUGGGAUUCUGUUUGUAGGCCAUAGCCCCUUUAAUUAAUGUGCGCCUGGAAUCUCGGAUGCUAAUGUAAGUGACUAACAAAUGAUUUGUCUUUACUGUACUUGGCUCAUACAACCUUGGCAAACUACUUUUCAGAGAUCCGAUCCAGAUGAAGAAAACCAGCUUAAACCAGGGCUUAAGCUAGAACUGCUACAUGCAGAUGAUCCUCUUUCCUACUGGGUGGCAGCUAUUGUGGAUGCUUAUGGUCUGAGGCUCAGAUUACGACUGGAAGGCUCAGAAAAUGAAGCUGAUGAUGUAUGGGUUUACUUCUUGGCUAAUAAUGUUCAUCAGCUGGGAUGGGGAAAGAAAAACAAUUUGAAGCUAAAUAUUCCUUCUGGUAAGUUUUUUUUGACAAUUGGACUGUUCACUUUUAGUACAUGUAUUGCCUAAAUUUCAAACUGAGUGGUAUUGAGGGCAAACUGAGGGCAUGAGUCCCCUUAUUAUGGGAUAAUUAAAAUGAGACCCACAAACUCAGAAAGAGGAAACCAAGAUUUACCAAAUCCUCAAGGUUAGUUUAGUGUUAAUUGGGCAUAUAUUGAAUGAGAUGCAGGCAUUCAAGAACUCCAAAAUUUACUGUGAGAUAUAUAGACCUACAGUGUGUCCAGUAAUCCUUACAUCAUACAGUCUUUAAAUCACUGUAUCUUGUUUUAUAUUGGCCUUAUUAUCUCCAAACUCUAGAGUUCUGCAAACCUUGGUCUGGUCUUUUAGACUAUGUGGGUCUUGUGUUGUUUAUCCUCUAAUACACAGACCCCAGCCCUCCUUGGUUUGAAAAUAGGCAAUGGUAUAUCAUACAAUAGCCCCCCUUCUAGACACUCCUCUGUCCUGAAGAAGUGCCUGGAUUAUAGUCCCAAAUAACUUCAAAUUAAAAAUAGCUACCUGAUUCUCCUUCCACUUUUCUUUGUAUAUGCUUCUGAAUCAAAGGAAGAAUUUGAUAAUUGACUAGUACUAUGCAUUUUUUACUUAAAGUUUCCCCAUCUCUUAUGAGCCUCUUGAAAAAUUAUUUGAAAUAAAUAUUUUUCCUCCUGCUCCCCUCAAGGGAGUUGACAGGGAAUUAUUGAACUACUUGGGCAUAACUGAUAACCUCUCCCCCUCCCUGUUUUAUUUUUGGAACUUUUGCACACAAAUAAAGUUUUGCUUUGCAGAAUUAAUUAAUGUUUCUGAAUUUUCCUUUUUAUGUCAAAAGUGUUGAAAACAAAGUAUCCGAACAAGGACUGGGCACAGGUCAGAGGAAGACUCCUGGGUCUUUGUAACUUGACAACCGAAGAUGCUUCACUCAACAAAGCAUUGAACAAGGUUUGUUUGAGUUGCAUCCCACUGUGGGUUGGGAUAUUUUUUUGUGGCUAAUUAUGCAAUUUAGUCCAAGUUAAAACCUGCGAUCGGCGGCACAAUUGUUGAGACAUUGUACUCAAGUAGGGUAACUUAAGAGAACAAAAGAAUCCAUACCCCUCCCCUGUCUCCUCCAUUCAAAAUUGGGAUGUUUGUUGUUUGCUAUUGGUAGCUUGAACAGCGGCACAACAUUGCAUGGAGGGGAUGAGAGAGGAAAAGCUGUAUUUUCCCCUUAUUGCCAACGAGCCAUCCGAGCGAAGACGCUCGGAUGGCGAGGCGGCAGCAGAAUAGAGCCGCGCAAGACUGGGCUGUAGGCUGAAAAAUUCUCGAUCGAGCUUCAAAAAGUGUAACCUCAUGUUAUGUAGAUUCCCCUGAGACCAAGUGCCAAUCAAAAGGCGGUAAACUAUACUUGGCACACAGUCAUGUGUUCUUUCCUCGGCGUCACGCGAAGACUGAACUUGAGUGUGGUACGCUUUUAUUGUUUAUUCACCUAAAUCUGGCCCCGGCAGUCAAGGAAAAUGAAAACUUGAUGCAUUGUAUCAAUGUUGGGGGACAUUAAUGUAAGGUUUUAACGAAGAGAAGCUUGUAAAACAACAGUUUAAGCAAAGAAAAGUUUUCCAUGUGAACCAAGCAAUUCUCACCACUAAAAAGGAUCAGAUGAUACGAAGAAUAUAUAGUCGCUUCAGUUGGAAAAUCUGAUGUUGGGGAAAACAUCUAACCAGCAAAUGGAAAAGUAAGAAUAAAAAAGAAUUACAAGCCUAAAGCGAACGACAAAGGAAAAGAAAACAACGCUAUUUUUUUCGAAACCUGGCCGAGUUUAUAAUAAAGUGAAAACAAAAUACCGACGUGCCGUACAUGUCGUACAUCGCAUGUCCUUGAAAAUAUUUCAAGCAGCGCAGCGAAUCAUUCUAAAAUUCAAUCGGGAAACAAAAAGCCUCGGGAAAUUUCAGAGGAGGUUUAAAUAAUUAAACUGCACAAAUAUUUAUCUACAAAGUGAAACCGAACCGAGACUAAUUUUGUAGUGGUAAGAGAAAAGAUCAUUUUUUAUAUUUCCCCCUAAAUAUUACCCGAUCGCUUCCUCUGCAAGCUGUUUUAUAAUUUCAAAAAAAUAUGCCUAAUGACACUUUAAACUUUUAUAUAGCAGGUUCGUAAAGCCAAUGGAGUCUGAGAACUGACUCUUCUCCGAACCUUUCUACUUGCAUAGCACCUUAGUUUCAAGAAAAUAACCCUUUCAACAGGAAGGGACCAAGAAACUGUCAAAUGCUGGAUAAAAGGAAUCCAUUCCUAUGCAAAAUACGCAUGACUUGCUCGUUGGCACUCUAUCGAUAGGUAUACCUAGUGUAGUCAGUAAAACGUCAAAAAGCCCCUUUAGGGCAAAGUGUCUCAACUCACUUUGUCACCGAUUGUAGCUGAUGCUGGUCAGUGGUUCUACAUGUACUAAAUAUGUGUGUGUUUGUGUGGGUGAGGGGGGAGGGGCGAGAGAAUAUGAGAGAAUGACUUUGCAUAGACAGGCUGGAAUGUGCUGUUCUCCUAAGCAUGUAGUAAUAAGAAAGCAUUAACUUUUAGUUUGAAGGGUGCAUAUCUUGUAAUGGAUAGUUGCAGAGGCUAACUGACAUUAUUGUUGAAGAAAGGGGAUGUUCUGUUUUUGAUUCUUUUUCAAUCACAGUUGUAAAUUUAAUAACUAUGUGGGCUCUAAAGAAAUGAGUGUUAAAAUUCUCAUUAUCUUUUAGUCUGACAGUUUACCAAAGCCUCACGGCUUUACGACUGGGUUGAAACUGGAAGCUGUGAACCCAAAAGAUCCCUCCUCAAUAUGUGCAGCUACUGUGUCGAAGGUGGCCAAUGAGAUCUUCUUCCAAGUGGAGAUUGACAGCUUGAUCAGUUGCGGCGAUGGAAGCCGGCCUUCCAUGUGGUGCAGCUCAAGUUCAAGGAAUAUCUUCCCUGUGGGGUGGUGUGCGAGGAACAACAUCCAACUGACUCCUCCCCCUGGUAAAUUGUUUUAUACUUGUAAUGGUAACUCUCUCCAAACAAACUUACUGAGGUUAGAAAGUAGUUGAAAAUAGCUGGUUUAGCAUGUUUUGAGACUCGAACAUGGGCAUCGCUGCGUGAUGGAAGCCAUGUAUGUUUUGCAAAGAAAGUUUAGGAAAGAUUAAAUUUAGAACUUUUCUGAAACGUGUCGGUCCACGAAUUCUAUCGCUUGAAAGCGUUGAUUACUUUGGAGCAAGUGAACAGUACUGAGUGGUCGAAAUGGUCGGCUGUUGUAAACUUUCACUGUACGCAAAUGAGUCUUGUGAUGAGCAUGUGAUUUAUUUUCGGUGAUGAUUGAAAUGACAUGCCAUGUAAAUCACGGUGUAAGAUUUUUUUUCAAAAGUAGUUGAAAAUAGCUGGUUUAGCAUGUUUUGAGAUUCGAACAUGGGCAUGCAUACUUGUAAUGGUAACUCUCUCCAAACAAACUUACUAAGGUUAGAGGCAAGGUGUAAUAUUUUUUUCAAAAGUAGUUGAAAAUAGCUGGUUUAGCAUGUUUUGAGAUUCGAACAUGGGCAUAUGCAACUAGUUCUCUCACUACAAGUUUAACAGUUACACAUUGUACCAUAAACAUGGACGCUAAGGUUAUCUAUUUUGAAAUUGCGAUGGUAUUAAUUGUAAGAAGUUGUCAACCUUGCUUCAUUUGAUGUUGUUUUUGUUCCUGUAGAUUUACCUGUUUUUUGUGUUUGUCUUUUUUAGGAUACCUCGUUCAUCCUUUCCGCUGGCAGACUUACCUUGAAUAUACAAAGUCUACAGCUGCACCAAGCUCAUUAUUCAGCUCAGAACAUGUAAUGUUCCUUUCAAAAUUCCUUUUUCGUUUCAUUUAUCCAAAGCACCACUGCAUAUUUUCUACGGUACCCAUGGUUGCCACAUCCAGAGGUAUUCCUUAAUGUUUCCCUGACUUUUUCCUGACAAAUGUUAAUUUCCCUGGCCAACUGAAUAAAUAACUUCCUCAAAUAAUUAGUCCUGGUGAUAAUACACUCAACCCUUCCCUCACAGCCAUCCCCUCCACCCAUGUAUUUAUGUUUUCAGCAGGUCAUGUGCAGUGUAUAUGAAUUGAAUUGACAAUUAUGUACAAAAAGGAUUGAUCUUCUUGAAAACCCAAUUCAAUUUUAUGAACAAUAUUCUACCAAUACAACAUGAUUCAUGUCCGUACAAUGUACAAAUGAAUUUGAAAUGUCGGAAAACAUUAACCAGGGGCGGAUCCAGGAUUUUUUUUAGGAGGGGGUGCACUCGUCUCUUGCUCUACUUUAGCACCAAUAAACCACAUGGUUUUUUUUUUGUGGAAUACCAGUUGUAUUAGAAAACCGCAAGUCAUCUCAGGGGGAAGGGGGGGGGUGCGCACCCCCUGCACCCUCCCCCUAAAUCCGCCCCUGUUAACAGUAAAGGGAAACUAAUGAACAUGGACUCUUAAAAUUUCACUUUUCCCUGACGUUUUUCUAAGACUUCAAUUUUCCUUGACUCGAACUGAAAUUCCCUUACUUUUUCCUGACCUUGAAGAAAUUUUUUUCCCUGAUCAUUUCCUGACCUGUGGCAACCCUGAUGGUACUGUACUUUUACGUUAAUUUUGCAUUAGCUUUGACUUGAAAAUAAAGUUUGUUUUUUGUUGUUUCUUUUUUAUUUACUUUCAUUAGGAUAUUCCAUCUCAUGAGUUUGACAUAGGCAUGAAGCUUGAAGCUGUUGAUCAGACAGAUUCGAGUACAAUGACAGUAGCCACUGUCACUCAAGUGGUGGGUCGAACAAUGUGGGUACUGUUGAAUGGCUAUAAACAUGAUUCAGUGGAACACAUUUACGAUGUGGAGUCAUUUGACUUGUAUCCUGUUGGCUGGUGCAGUAUGAAUGGACACCCUCUUCUCACACCAAGAGUGCAACGUAAGCAAGCAUUUCAUUUCGCUACAAGUCUUUUCGCUGCAUAUUGAAGUCGUUUCGCUGCAGUGUGUUUUCGCAUCAGUCUGGAAGGUUUGCCAAAAACUUCGGUCUUAGCGAUGUUGUUUUAGGUAUAUAAAAUUAGUAGAGAGAUUAAGAUUCACGUUUACGCCAAACUGCAGACGAGAAUUUGUACCACGUGACCAAGAUUCCAGCAGUUUUUGUUUUUUGUUACAGCAGUUUUAUCAGAAAUAGUUAAGUUUCGUUGCUUAUUCCUUUGGUGAUACAUGUAGGUUAUGAAUUCGAGAGUGUACUAGUUCGUUUUGCAUUUUUGCAUUUUUUUGCUGGUAGGUCCGCCAGAGGAGAACCGACGCCUCGCCUCACUGAGGUAUGGAAUUUCUUUUUUUUUUUUUUUAAUAUUUAAUUGAGCUUUGCUACGAGUAGUUUAUGGUCAACUCUCUCAUUAAGUCAUUACUUUGUGUCUUUACUCAUUAACUCAUACACAAAAUGCUCCUGUAGAGUGUCGUCACUAGGGAGUUCUAACCAUAAUAUAUUUUUUGUGUGCCUUGCUUUUGUAGACAUAGCAUUAGUUAGCACAGAUUUUUCAAGUUUCAAUCAAUGUCCAUCCUUGCCAUCCGCAGCAACAGACGAGUGAAAAUUGUUUCAAUGCCUAACUAUACAGUGAAACCUCUAUUAAGCGGAAACUAAGCCAGGUCCCGAAAUUAACUUCUUUUAUUUCCCUUUAUAACGAACCCCUAUUCAGCGGACACCUCUAUUAAGUGGACGCGGACACUAAAAUAAGUUGUAUUUGGCAAAUUUCUAUCGUUAAAAACCUCUAUUAAGCAAACACCGGACUGAAUUGACAAUAGUAGUAUUGGUUUACGUCCUUGAAAUACGUACAUUAGUCGAUGAAUAAUGAUAAAUCAAUACUUUUAGCUGUCAAUAAACCGAUAUCCGGCCGGAUGACUGUCAUCCUCGAUCAACGUUUACCUAAAAGUCUUGCACAAAGUACAGCACAGCGUCCUUAGUAUCCUUUACAACGUGGAACUUUGUCACAGUACAGAGUAACCGUUGAAUGUUGAUCGUUAAGAAACAUUGCGCAAUUUUUACACCCUGUAUUAAGCGGACAUGUGGGAAGGUUUCGAAGGAGUCCGCUUAAUAGAUGUUUCACUGUAGUCUUAAAUAGCAAAAUUGGACUAUUUUUUUUUUGUAAUUCUUUAAUGCCUGUAUAUAGAGUGUGAAUCUAAUUGGCUGUUUUGAGGAUUUGCUUGAGACUGGUAGGUUUUUAGACUGUCAUUUUUUUGGGAGGGGAGGGGGAAGGGGGCGAAUUUGAUGAUAUUUCUCACAAUAGCGAGCUUAAGCAAGGAAAACGCUGACGUCCCGGACGUUAUGAAUGAAAACGGGAAGCUCGAUAUCUCGCUUGAUGGAUCGCUUCUUUCUCACACUAUGAAUCUGAAUACCAUUGUUUUAAGUCCCCCUGUACGAAAUUUAUCUAGUCAGAGCACUGAAAAAGAGAAAAUAUCAACUUCCGGUUUCCAUUUUUGACGUCUGGGACGUCAACGUUCUCGUUUCUUAAGCUUAGCUAACAGAUAAAAGGCCAGCGUCCCCAAAACAGUCCCAAAAUGCAAUACGAUGCAACAAUGGCCCAGACUCACGUAAAAAUUGUCCAAUAAAAUGACCGUCUUCCCCGUGGUACGAGUGAGUGUGGCUGUAUGUUGUGGUUAAAUGUAGUCUUAUGAUUGCUUUUGUUGUCCAUAACCACUCACUUUCUGAUUGGUUAACAAAACGUAGGGCAGUUUGUCAAACUAUUAGAAGUAAGACCACAAACUUUCAUGACGUGCGACUCAUUUUCCCGCGCUAUGCGUGGGCUGUACGUAUUUACAUGUACAAUCAUCGUCAAAAGUCUUGGGAAAAUGGGGGAGGGAGAACUGCGAGAAAAUUUCGAAAAGGAUGCACUGUUUUAUGAGGGAACCCAUAAAUUAUACAGAAAAUUAUAAAUACUGCAGUACUCUUACGAUUGAAUAAUGUUUUUUUCUUUUUUUUCAGGGCAACAAGGCAAAGAGAAAUUAAGAGAACGACGUCAGACUCAGGCGUUGCAAACGCAACUAACACUACAAAUAUAACACCGGCAAACAAUCUCAAUACAGACACUUCGAUAAACUGUGAGAAUGUAAAAAGCGCGAAAAGUGCGCAAGAUUCAAAUAAUUUAGACACUCUUGACGUCGUCGAAGACAGUAAAGAAAGUGCCAUGGUUGAGUCCAGUGGCCUGAAAGAAGAGACCAAGGAAUGGCCCAAAAAAGAGGAGCCCAAAACUGAGACCCCAGAGAAAAAGGUCCCAAUCACACCAAAAGGGAAGUAUGAAUUGCGAGCGUCUACGCUUAUGCCGCGAAAUUACGAGAUCAAGGACGAGGAUGACGAGGAAGAGGAUGUAAAAAAGGAUGACAAGAAUGUUGAAGCUGUUAUUGACUUGACGGAGGAUGAUGACGCGCCUGUGGUAACCAAUGAAACACUGGACAAAAAAGAUGGUCCAAGUAUGCACACGUGAUGUUAUUCUUUACAGUGCUACAACUGUAACCUGGGACACAUAAACAAAGUUGACCAAUCGGUAACAGGAAAAUAACAAUACAUUCCAAGAAAGUUGGUUAUGGGUCAAGCCUGGGCAUUGUUAAAUUUCCGCUAAAAACCAUUGUCGAAUGAAAAAUUAUGCUUCUUGGAAACGUUUGCUAUGCACAUUUUUAUUUUAUACUUCGAUUAACUUGUUUUCGUACGAGCUGUUGAUUGGCCCACAGCCUCUUUUGUCGGAAUGUAUUGUUGUUGUCCUGCUAUGCGAUUGGUCAAUUUUAUCUUGGUGGCCCUGGUAACAGUAGUCGUAUUGUAAAUCUGUAAUCCUGUCUGACAAUUAGCCUGAGAAAACAGCCGACAUAUGGCGACGCUACCACUGGUUUCCCCGCCAAAUGACGUUUGAGAAACGAGCGCAGAAAUUCCAUACUGAUGACGCGUCACUACCUACAUCUGGGUAGUGACACGUCAUCAGUAUGGAAUUUCUGCGCUCGUUUCUCAGACGUCAUUUGGCGGGGAAACCAGUGGUAGCGUCGCCACAUGUCGGGUGUUUUUUUCAGGCUCUGUGACAAUGUCUUAUGUUCAUCUUUUAUUCAUUUGCUAAUAAGCGGUCAUUGGUGGUUUUUUGCUAAGGGUGUGGAUAGAAUGCUUACUAAAAAGAGAUGUUGAGCUGCUGACCCUUCCUUUCAGUUCAGUACAUUUUAACAGGAAAUCUUAUUGAAGGGUUUUUCCCAUCGUUAAAGGAGAGCGCCUUUUCCUAAGAAAGGAAAGCGUCGCGUUACAUUUUGAAUUUAUCAAAGGAAAGGAAAUUUAAACAUUACGCAAAAGGCCUGUCUGCCUUUGUUUUACAGGCCUGUGUGAAAUUCCUCCCCUUUUAAAGGGUCUGUGUCAUAAGGUUAUUAUUGCUAAUAACGCGUCUCUAAUCUCUGAGUAACUUAACGUUAGCGAGGAAUUUACUUGUAAAUGGCAAAAUCACAGCUUGGAACCGAUAUCUCUCCCAAAGCAGUGUAUCAAUCAUCUCGUACAACAAAACUGAGAAGAAAAAGAAACCUGCUAGGCUAACAAGCUUUCCAAAACCGUCCGCUUUUGCAGUCCGUUUUAGUCUUCUUUAAGUUUGUCCGUCUGUGCUGUCUUUUGUAUUUUCUGUGUUAUUCAUACCCUCUUUUUGUGUUUUGAGCAGGUACCCUAUGUCUCACUCAAUUUUUUUGGCUGCUCUCUUUGUCUGAAUUUUGAUAAAUUUCGUGACACAGCUCAUUUAAGCCGCUUUUUUACGCUGAUGGUGCAAGCAUUAGUAAUGUGGCCCGUUGAUCGUAGAGACUGGUGCAUCCUUUUUACAGGAUUUUCUCUAAACAAAGUUGAAGGGGUCUUAUGAUUAACCUUACUUCUUGUGAAUAUGCUGCGUGUUCUUUCUCUUAUGUCAUAUGUGUAACUCGUCCCCCAUCAGGUUAUCUUAUACAUUCUAUUCUCUUCGACAGAAGUUUGUAUUUAUGUGAAGAAAUCCUGUGAGCCUGGUCCCUUCCUGAAGCCGGCUAAAAUAGCUACUAUUCCAUCCGUUAUUGGCCCGGAUGGUCCUAAUGUCGUGCUGAGACAGUUGGUGGAGCAGAUCGUGUUGAGCGCUCACUCUUCAAAACAAGUUCUCAAGCUUCUUGCUUCCGAGACUGAUAAAAUGACCAUCUCAGCAAUUCUUAGGGUAGGUGGUUUCUAGAAGGCCUUUGUUAGCUUUUAGUUCAAACGCUGUUCGAUUUCGUUCACGACUCCAUGUGCGUUUAACGUGAUUUCAUUGCACAGGGGUAAAUACCCUGGAUAGUAGAAGACCAAUCGAAUUCACAUGUUCCUGAUCUUACAUCAGACAAAUUUUGGCUUUUUCGCACUGUUGUAGAGAAUGGUGUGCUGGCUCGCAAAGGCUCGCCAGCAAAUAUGACUGAGAAAGUAACUGUUUGUCUUCGUAACGUUCCUUUUGCAGACACUAAGGACAAAAUUGUCCUUGUGCGAGAAUCUUAUCAGUCUUAACAGAGUCGCUCUUUGUUUGAACUGUGAUGCUGUCAAAGGUAUGUUGACCUUUCCUAUCAUUAUUUGUAGAAAGGUUUAGUUUUUCGAGGACCGAUUACGUCUCUUAUCCGGGGUUAAAUUUUCAUCCACGUUUCUUUUUCUUUUGUUCAAAAGCAUUUUCUCGGAUAAUUUAUCAUCCAAUCAUCCAGUUGUAGACAAAAGAAUGAAAUUAAAUUUACUUUGUACACUUUUAUAUCUGAAUUGAACAACAAUUGAUGAACUCGGCCCAGGAGUAAAUAAUGCAGGUAUGGAAUCGUUGAUCGAGUAGACAUUUACUGUCAUAAAUUACGCAGCAACAAAAUACCUACCCCGAGUAGCGACACAGUCUCAAUGCCCUUCAACGGAUCAACGUGCUUUGCGGCCUAUAACGUUGUUCAAGGUAAUAGGGAACGUAAGCAAAGGCGUUUUUGCGCGACGCUCGACAACUGGAGGUUGACUUUCCAGUGCAUUCUUGAGCAGUGUUUCUGCCCCAGUUUUCGGGCUAAUCAUUUCUAUAAAGAGUACAGACACCUAGCAAUACAAAUUUGGUAGCAUCAAAGCAUGUUAAAGGUUAAGUUCACUUCCAGUUCAAAAACGCUACUCCUUAAGGUUCGCUAAUACGGGAUCAACGGUUCCCCUGCAUGUAUAUUAUUUCGAGGGUGGCUAACCGGUUAUCGACACGCAACAUAGCAGUUUUAAAGAGGGAUUGGAUUACGUUCAUCUGUAGUUGAAUGGAAUAAAAACUUCUUCCUCUUCUCUGAGCGUUUUACUGGGCACGCGUCAAUGUUUCUCGCCUUUAAAGAGCCGAUCCACACCAGCGAAAAAGCUUUUUAUUCAGACCAAUUUUCUGUCAUCACCAACGUCUAACAAAUGCGGAUGGUUUGUUGCGAUUUUACAAAUUUUGUCUGAGGCGGGAUAAUCUUCAAAGGCGCCGCGGACCAAAUUUGUCGCGGGUAAAAACAGGACAAAAUCUACUAAAUGAACGAAAAUGUGUUUUUCUUGUCAAUCAUUUGUUGUAAAGUCAUUACUUUUUUCCCGUUAAGUAAUGAUAGAUGUGACGGCCUGUUGAAAUAAAUACUUUCCAGUGCGGAUAAAUUUGUCAAAAAAUGGCUUUUCUUUAGAGGUUUUACUGUUUUCUUUUCGCUUACUUUUCUUGUCUUUCUGUUCGUCUAUUUCAGUUACCAAGUCAUCGGAAUCUCCUCGGAAACUCAACGAAACUACUCCUAAAGCUAACAAGCCUGUCCCGCAAGAAGACAGUAAGACAGUCCCGUCCAAGAGAGAAGCUACUAAAGAAGUCACUACUAAUGUGAACAAUAAACCCGCGAGUAAUCCCGUAAAGGCUUUUAUACCUGUCGAAAAACCCGUUGUUAAUACCGCAAAGACUGUUACACCUAUCAGCAAACCAGCUGGUAAUCCCUCGAAGGCGACUACAACUGUCAGUAAACUCAAGGUUAAUACGGUAAAACCUCCUACUUCUUUGCAAGCAGCGAGUAAUUUCACGCUUUCGAGUCAACUUCCGCAGUCUGUUUCUGCAGUGAGCAGUGCAGUGCCAGAACCUUCUAGAUCCGAAUCGCCUAGCGUCACUGCUUCACGGUUAUCAAAACACAUCACAAAGUGGAAUGUUGACGAAGUUGUGGAUUUUAUACGAACAACCGAUUGUCACAAAUUUGCGGAUGACUUUUUAAAACAGGUAGGAGUUCAAUUUGAUAAUUUUAUGUACGCACUUUGACUCUGACUCAGUUGUAUGCACACACUUUGACUUUGAAGAUGACUGCCGCACAGGUUGGUUAGUAUGGAGCUUUAGCAAACGGCGACGGCAGCAAGAACGCCACUUUUAAAAUGAAUUCGCGUGUUUUUAAACUUUGUCGCGUAUAUUCCAGUUCGCUGAAAUUGUCGGCUGUAGGCGAAUUUCCCAGGAGUAGAUUACUUGGGACCGCGCUCAAGUUUAGAAAGAGAAAGAGAAAGAGAAUGAAAAUUUUGCCAUGCUCAACAGACCAAGUGCUUUUUUAACGUCCUCGAUGCCGUUGCUGUCGUCGUUGCUAUAGCUCCCUACCCGCUGUCAACGACAGUCCUACUCAGGACUACGCUCACCGAGAUGAUCAUAUCCUAUCUCCUUACGUAAUUUUUUUGCACAGGCGCAGCUACAACUGGCUUCUUGUGCACCAGAAAAUUGUUGUCUAGGUGACAAGUGCCCAGUUUGUAGCAGCGAAAAAAAUUCUUUUGCGCUGACAAAGAUUUUUCCAAAAUUUCCGUAUGUCACACGAAAGCGAUUUUCUGCUGCGAUGUGUCGCCGCGACGUUUAGCAGCGCCCUGUCGCCUAAGUUGUCUCAACCUUACGGUUGUUAUGAUUUCGUCGUCUAGAAUUACCUUUCUAAUAUACAAUUUCUUUUUUUCCUAAUAAGGAAAUUGACGGACGAGCGUUAACGUUGCUGUCAUUGGACGAGAUUCACAAGUGCCUGGGUGUGACAUUAGGUCCAGCGAUAAAACUUCACUUCACUGUACAGAACCUUGUAAAGAAACAUCGAUAACAGAAGCUAUUAUUACGAUAGUUAAUGUCAAUGUUAUAUCUCCUUGUAGACCACGAGUUGUCCCUAACUGCCAUGGAUUAGGGAUAGCGAGCCUCUGCAUGGGUACUUGCGGACGUCGAUUUCGUCGCGCACGUUUUCCGUCAAAUCGAAGGUUUUUUAGGCGAAAUCGUCGCAUGUUUGGAAUUGGUUUGCGUUGCAACCCUACUAGCGAGCCUAGUGCAACUACAACGACGACGGAAACGAGAAAGCAAAAAAAAAGCAACAGGUUAAAUAAGCAAAACAAAAACUCUGAACGUGCAGCACACCGUUUUUGGCAGAUUUCUUUGCCUUCUUUGCACGACUGACGUUUUCAAACGUGAGUGGAUUGGCAAUUCGAUCGUCGCGACCUCGAUUUCGUCGGAAAUACCCAUACAGAGGCAAGAGCAAGUUAUACGAUGCGCUACCUGCAGGCAGAGGCGCGCGCCUCGGAGGAUUUGGCUCGUUCCUGCUAUUCCUCAUUCUGUGCGGAAAUGAGGGACUUCUCUUCUCGCCGUCCAAUCUCUGUAAACCACAAGUACGUUUUGAUGUCAACGGUUCUAUCUUUGCCAGCAAAGUUAAUCAUGAAUUUUAUAGUUUCAUACACGUUAUCACGUAGACGUUACAGGACCAGACUGGCCCUAUGGGCUGAACUUAGUUGAAGAGGCUUUUCGAAAAGUUGAUGUUUAGAGUUGCUUGAAGUGAGCCUGAUUUUUUUCUUUUACCGUCGCUUGUCGAACCGUGGCCUGCAACUUAGUUUUUAGUGCCAUAGGCAAGAAGUAGCCUUGUAUUAAAACAGGGCAUUACAAGAAUAGACAAUAUUUAGGCUUACAGCUUCUAAAGUUGUUCGCAGCCCAGUAAGCGGUAAUCAAAGGAUUUAGGCUUCGUUCAGACAGUACCGGUGGAAUUUUCGACCGCCUGAAAAAUUUGACUGGACCCUUUGUUCAAAUGGGACCGUUCAAUAUUUUUGCGUUGUUCACACUGGACUGUCGAACCGUAAUAUUUCCAAGCAAAGCGAGUAAUAGCACGACGCGUAAAUCCAUGUUCGCAAUAUCUGUUUGCAAUUUUUCUUUUCUUGUUCCAGCUGAGUAACCACGCAUCCAUGUAGCCACGCCUUUGCCGUACAAAAAUUUAGCCGGUCACGGUGUUCACACCUUGCCGUUCAAAUUUUCGAUUUUAGCGUUCAAAUUUUCGUACCGUUAACGUGGUUCCGUGUGAGUGGAACGCCUAACCGUGCGAAUUUUCGACCGGUACCCUGUGAAUGUAUCCUUAACCACAAACAGAUAAGAGUAUGAGCUGCCAUGCUUACUAAGUCUUUCGAAGAACUCGUCCCAAUGUUGUGAAGUAAGGACUUCUAUGAAGCCAUAUUUUUACACCCUUUAUUGCUAAGUUUUAACCAGUAUGUGUUUUCUAUUCGACUUGAUUACUUGAAGUCAACUUGUGAAUUUACUUGGUGUGAAAUCACGUGAUUGAUUUUACCAGAACCGAUUAUUCAGAAAGGACAAGAAACUUUAUCCUCGUUCCCGUAAGAAGUGUUAAAAUAGUUUUUGGAUUGUAGGCAUUUUUGACCGUACAGGGACUUUUUUAUAUGGUUUGCCUUCUGCUCGUUACUCCAAGUUCUUACUUAUUGCCUACAUGAGGGUUUAGCUCGCUAUACCAGGCGUUCAGAUUGUGCUAAACCGGCGCGAAAUUUAGAGCGGAACGAAAACAGGCAACAACAACAAAAAUCUCUACUCAUUGAAGUUAACGCCUGGAAUAGGCUAUUUGGAGAGCGACGACAUCGCGACGGCAACGACAACGAGAACCUCAAGGAAGCUUUAGGUUUAGUAAGCAGACAACACUUUUUUAAAAAUACAUUUCUUUACCGUCAUUGCACGACUAGGACGUGAAAUUUCCUCAUGCGACGUUUUUAUGACGACAACUUUUUCUUUCUCUUUCAAAACUUGGUAGCAAAGGUCCCCAAGAAUUCAACUCCAGGAAAAUUUAACGUUUUAAGCGAGUUGGAUUAAAAAUUUGGAAAAAAACGACUUAUAAUAAUAGUUAUAUGUUUUCGCUGCCGUCGCCGUUGCUUUAAGACUCCCUAAUUACUUUUGGGAAGCGCGACAAACAAAGUUUUGAACAAAAUUUGUAAUGAAGCGUAACUUGUAGCAGAACAGCCGAGGCAUAUGGCAUAUACCGCGGCAUAUUUCUCUGUGUGUGUGUGUGCUGCCAGUAAUUGUACAGCUGUUUUAACACCGCACCUCUAAACCUCAGCGUUUUACUGUAAGAAAUAUUAUUCAUUACAUUUGAGAAUUCAUCCCAAGGAAUUUUCAAUAACUUGGCCCGUUGGUGUAUUCAAUAAAAGGCGAGAAUUUGUAAAU